GAGACUCUUUAAAUUAGAGUAGCCAAAUUUCAAUUUAACUAGUCAUUUAGCUAUAUUUUUUUUCUCUAUAUCUCUUCUUCCUCCAACAGGCUAGCUAAAUCUUCCUCUCCAUAUCCAACCCUCCCCUCUCUCCAACUCACUUACAUCUGGGUCCCACAAUAUCAUCAACUCCCUUCUUCCUCCUGCUCCUCAUCCAUGGUUGCCCGAGGACAAAGUGCCUUGUCCCUUCUGCAGCUCUGCUCUCCAUCGGCCCUUGCUGGUCAGAUCCAUUGACCCCUUCGUCUCACCUGAUCUGCAUCCGUGAGCUUCGAUUUUGUUUGCAACCUCACCUGGAACGACGACGAUGUGGGUGCUGCUGCUCAAGGUGCCCCGCGCCGCGGGGAAGCUCACGGGCGCCGCGUCCAUCGCGCUGUCCGUGGCUGCUGCCACGCGGAGGCGUGUGGCGGCGGGGCGGACCGAUGCCGCCGCUGCGCCACCCAGGGAGGGCCCCGCCCUGCGCACCAAGUUCUACGGCUUCCUCCUACUGUCCGGCGCUGCGCCGCCCGGGGGAGAGCCCCGCUCUGCACACCAGGUUCUACGGCUUCCUCCUCCUGUCCAUGCUACGACUCGUUGUCUACGUCGUCGCGCACCCACAAGGCGGGCAAGAGCUACGCCGCCGUCGCGGCCUGCACCUCCCGCCGCCGUGGGCGCAAGCUCCGCGGCCGCCGCAGCCCGCGCCUCCCGCUGACACGGGGGCGAGCUCCGCCGGCGCGGCCGGACGGGGCGAGGUGGAGCCGGCCGGCGAGGUCGACGGAGGCGAGGCGGCAGCAGCGGGAGCGGCAAGAGGACGCCGGAGCACGAGAAGGACGUGGGAAGUGGGCCCCACGCGCGCGGGGAGGGAUGGCGAUCUGCUUGCGUUCGGAAAAAAGAAGCGAGCAGAGGGCGUAGAUACAGAACGCGAUAGCGACGAGAGCACGAUGAAGAGGCUGUUGGAAGAGUGGGCGGCGGACCAGCAGGCGGCGCCCAGCACCAGCUCCCAGAUGCCCUUCCUGGCGCUGCUCCAGGGCGCGGGCGUCGUCGUGGAGGACGGGCGCAAGAGGAACGCCGCCUUGGAGCGCGCCGCCGACCUCGACCGGCUCGAGAGCUGCGUCACGCAGGCGGCGGCGGCGGGCGACCCUGCUGUGGCGUUGCCCCCGGCGACCAGGGCGGAGAGGCGGAGGAAGAGGCCGAGGCCGAGGACGCGCGCCGCGCCGCCGCCGGAGAAGCGCAGGAAGCCCGAGGAGGCCGAGAGCCAGCGGAUGACGCACAUCGCCGUCGAGCGCAACCGGCGCCGCCUCAUGAACGACCACCUCGCCUCGCUCCGCUCGCUCAUCCCCUCCAGCUACAUCCCCCGCGGCGACCAGGCGACGGUGGUGGGCGGCGCCAUCGACUACGUGAAGCAGCUCGAGCAGCAGCUGGUGGCGCUGCAGGCGGCCGCGGCCACGCGCCGCGGGGUCGCCGGCGCGGUGGGCACGGCGGCGACCGCCGCGGCGGACGGCGUGUUCGUGUCCCCGCAGUAUGCGAGCUACUCGGAGGCGCGCGGCUGCUGCGGCGGCGUGGACGUGGAGGCGAUGGCCGCGGUGGGCGGCCACGUGCGCGUGCGCGUCGCGGGGCGGCGGUGGCCCGGCCGGCUCGUGCGCGCCGUCGCCGCGCUGGAGGACCUCCGGCUCGCGGUCUUGCACCUCGCCGUCACCUCCGUCGGCCAUGACGCCGUCGUCUACUGCUUCAACCUUAAGAUGGAGGACGGGUGCGAGGUGGCGACGGCCGACGAGGUGGCGGCGGUGGUGCACCAGAUCUUCGCCUACGCCGGCGGCACAUGCUGCUGACGACGCCGGGCCGGCGGCAGCGGGCGGAGCGGAGACGAUAAGUCAAGAUGGCCAGAGCGCUGCGGCGGGGCAUGGCAUGUAUGUACACGACGGCCGCGGCCGCAGAGGAGACGACGUUGGCAUGUGUAGAGAGAGAGAGGAGAGCCGAUCGAUAGCUAGUAGGGGACCGAGCGAGCCAACGGCCAGCUCCAUGCUGUGGUGGUCCAUGCCAUGCGGCGCAGAGAGGAGAGAUGGAGACUCUACUGUAACUUGACUGUUGUUUACUUGGGUGCCACGACCAGCACAGCAGAAAACUGCACAAGGGUGAAGAGCGAGCGUACGUAGUACAACAGUGUUGGAGUGGCAGGGCUAGCUGGCUUACCCCUUGUCUUGGGAGAGCUUGCGUUGCAGAUUUGCACUAGGAUGAUGCAUCCGUCCGUCCGCGCGCGCGUGUGUGUACGCUGUAUAAAAGUCACGCACAAUGUUAUUUUUUUAUUGGCGAUUUUUACGCAGCUAGCUCAUGGUGUUCCUGCGCCA